AACCCUUUGUUUAAGAUUGGUCAUAAACGGAGGUUAGAAGAAGAUGACAUGUACUCAGUGCUUCCCGAAGAUCGCUCCAAGCACCUUGGGGAAGAACUUCAAGGGUACUGGGAUAAAGAAGUCUUACGAGCCGAGAAAACCUCACAGGAGCCUUCUUUAACAAAAGCAAUCAUAAAGUGUUACUGGAAAUCUUACUUAAUUUUGGGCAUUUUUACAUUAAUUGAGGAAGGCACGAAAGUAAUACAGCCUAUAUUUUUGGGGAAAAUUAUUUCUUUCUUUGAACAUUACAACCCCACUGACACAGAGGCUUUGCGUGAAGCUGAAGCCUAUGCCUACGCCAAUGCCACGGUGCUGACCGCUUGCACGCUGGUGCUGGCCAUCCUGCAUCACUUGUACUUCUAUCACGUCCAGUGUGCUGGGAUGAGGCUCAGGGUGGCCAUGUGCCACAUGAUUUAUCAGAAGGCCCUUCGUCUCAGUAACACAGCCAUGGGGAAGACCACCACGGGCCAGAUAGUCAAUCUGCUGUCCAAUGAUGUCAACAAGUUUGAUCAGGUAACGAUAUUUUUACACUUUCUGUGGGCAGGCCCACUGCAGGCUGUCGCGGUGACAGCCCUUCUCUGGAUGGAGAUCGGGAUCUCGUGCCUGGCCGGCAUGGCGGUCCUCAUCAUCCUCCUGCCUUUGCAGAGCUGCUUUGGGAAGUUGUUCUCCUCACUGCGGAGCAAGACUGCGACUUUCACGGACGUCAGGAUCAGGACCAUGAAUGAAGUUAUAACUGGCAUACAAAUAAUAAAAAUGUAUGCCUGGGAGAAGUCGUUUGCAGACCUUAUUACCAGUUUGAGAAGGAAGGAAGUGGCCAAGGUCCUCAGAAGUUCCUACCUCAGAGGAAUGAAUUUGGCAUCGUUUUUUGUCGCGAGCAAAAUCAUCGUUUUUGUGACUUUCACCACCUACGUGCUCUUGGGCAACGUGAUCACAGCCAGCCGUGUGUUUGUAGCCGUGACGCUGUACGGGGCCGUGCGGCUGACCGUCACCCUCUUCUUCCCCUCGGCCAUCGAGAGGGUGUCCGAGGCAGUUGUCAGCAUCCGAAGGAUCAAGAACUUUCUCUUACUGGAUGAGAUAUCUCAGCGCAACAUUCAGCUGCCGCCAGAUGGUAAAACCAUCGUGAACGUACAAGAUUUAACUGCCUUUUGGGAUAAGGCUUCAGAAAGUCCCACCCUGCAAGACAUGUCCUUCACCGUCAGACCCCAAGAAUUGUUGACAGUGGUUGGACCUGUGGGAGCAGGAAAGUCUUCCCUGUUAAGUGCUGUCCUGGGAGAGCUGUCCCCCAGCCAUGGGCUGGUCAGCGUGCAGGGCAGCAUCGCCUACGUUUCCCAGCAGCCCUGGGUGUUUUCAGGAACCGUGAGGAGCAAUAUUCUGUUUGGGAAGAAAUACGAGAAGGAGCGAUACGAAAAAGUCAUCAAAGCGUGUGCCUUGAAAAAGGAUUUACAGCUUUUGGAGGACGGUGAUCUCACAGUGAUAGGAGAUCGUGGCGCCACGCUGAGCGGAGGACAGAAAGCACGUAUCAACUUGGCCAGGGCGGUGUAUCAGGAUGCAGACAUCUACCUCCUGGACGACCCUCUCAGUGCCGUCGAUGCAGAAGUGAGCAGGCACUUGUUUGAACAGUGUAUUUGUCAAACGUUGCAUGAGAAGAUCACAAUCUUAGUGACUCACCAAUUGCAGUACCUAAAAGCUGCAAGCCAGAUCCUGAUAUUGAAAGAUGGCAAGGUGGUGCAAAAGGGGACUUACAUGGAGUUUCUGAAGUCUGGGGUGGACUUUGGUUCCCUCCUGAAGAAGGAGAUCGAGGAACCCGAGCAUUCUUCAGCUCCAGGCACUCCCACGCUGAGAAGCAGGACCUUCUCGGAGUCUUCCGUCUGGUCUCAGCAGUCCUCACGGCCCUCCCUGAAAGACGGUGUUCAGGAAGCUCAAACUACUGAAGAACCCCAGGUUACCAUGCCCGAGGAGAGCCGUUCUGAAGGAAAAGUUGGUUUUAAGGCCUACAAGAAUUACUUUGCCGCUGGUUCUCAUUGGUGUAUCAUCAUUUUCCUUUUUCUCCUGAAUGCGGCAGCUCAGGUCUUCUUUGUGCUUCAAGAUUGGUGGCUUUCUUAUUGGGCCAAUGAACAGAGUGCGCUGAAUGCCACCAUAAAUGGAAACAGAACCGAGACGCUAGAUCUUAACUGGUACUUAGGAAUUUAUGCAGGUUUAACUGUGGCCACUGUCCUUUUUGGCAUAGCACGAUCUCUCCUGGUAUUCUACAUCCUGGUUAAUUCUUCUCAAAAUCUACACAACAAAAUGUUCGAGUCAAUUUUGAAAGCUCCAGUAUUGUUCUUUGAUAGAAACCCAAUAGGAAGAAUUUUAAAUCGUUUCUCCAAAGACAUCGGACAUAUGGAUGACUUGUUGCCUCUGACGUUUCUCGAUUUCAUCCAGACAUUCCUCCAGGUGGUCGGAGUGGUGGCCGUGGCGGUGGCCGUCAUCCCAUGGAUCGCGAUACCCUUAGUGCCUCUUGCUGUGGUUUUCUUCAUCCUCCGGCGGUAUUUCUUAGAAACGUCGAGAGAUGUCAAGCGUCUGGAAUCCACAACACGAAGUCCAGUGUUUUCCCACCUCUCGUCUUCUCUUCAGGGACUGUGGACCAUCAGGGCAUACAGAGCUGAAGAGAGGUUCCAGGAGCUCUUUGACGCACACCAGGAUCUGCAUUCAGAGGCUUGGUUCUUAUUUCUGACGACGUCCCGAUGGUUCGCCGUGCGUCUGGACGCCAUCUGUGCCAUCUUUGUCAUCGUCAUUGCCUUUGGGUCCCUGAUCCUGGCAAAAACGCUGGAUGCCGGGCAGGUCGGCCUGUCUUUGUCCUACGCCCUCACACUCAUGGGAAUGUUCCAGUGGUGCGUUAGACAAAGCGCUGAAGUUGAGAAUAUGAUGAUUUCAGUAGAAAGGGUGAUUGAAUACACUGACCUCGAGAAAGAAGCACCGUGGGAAUAUCCCAAACGGCCACCACCAACAUGGCCCCAUGAAGGUGUCAUUGUCUUUGACAACGUAAACUUCACAUACAGCUUAGAUGGACCGCUCGUGUUGAAGCACCUGACAGCUCUCGUAAAAUCAAGAGAGAAGGUUGGAAUUGUGGGAAGAACAGGAGCUGGAAAAAGUUCUCUCAUCUCAGCCCUUUUUAGACUGUCAGAACCCGAAGGUAAAAUUUGGAUUGAUAAGAUCUUGACAACCGAAAUUGGGCUUCAUGAUUUAAGGAAGAAAAUGUCAAUCAUACCUCAGGAACCUGUGUUAUUCACUGGAACAAUGAGAAAAAACCUGGAUCCUUUUAAUGAACACACGGAUGAAGAACUGUGGAAUGCUUUAAAAGAGGUACAACUUAAAGAAGCCAUAGAAGAUCUACCUGCGAAAAUGGACACUGAACUGGCAGAAUCAGGAUCCAAUUUUAGCGUUGGACAGAGACAGUUGGUGUGUCUUGCCAGAGCUAUUCUCAAGAAAAAUCGGAUAUUGAUAAUUGAUGAAGCCACAGCCAAUGUGGAUCCCAGAACUGAUGAGUUGAUCCAAAAAAAGAUCCGUGAGGAAUUUGCCCAUUGCACCGUGCUCACCAUCGCUCACCGCUUGAACACCAUUAUCGACAGUGACAAGAUCAUGGUUUUGGAUUCAGGACGACUGAAAGAAUAUGAUGAGCCGUAUGUUUUGCUGCAAAAUAGAGAGAGCUUAUUUUACAAGAUGGUGCAACAACUGGGCAAGGCCGAAGCCGCUGCCCUCACCGAAACAGCCAAGCAGGUAUACUUCAAAAGGAAUUACCCAGAAAUUACCCAGAAUGGCCACGUGAUGAUGAACUCCAGUGGACAGCCAUCUGCCUUAACUAUUUUUGAGACAGCACUGUGA